AUGUCGAGGUCUUUUUACGUUGAUUCUUUAAUAAUCAAGGAUACGGUGCGACCUGGACCAGUCGAGCAUCCAGGACAAGAGUUCCUUAUUCCCAUCAGCAUGCACUCUCCGAGCGUAAUGACGGUCACCGCUCCGGUGUGCCCAUCCAGGAAAAAUGGGACUUUCUGUGUUUGCCCGCUGUGCGUCACGUCCCACAUCCACUCUUCCCGCAGCGGCAUUCCCAUGCUGAAGAGUCAGUUUCCAGGAGCGGAGGCACAGUACUGUCAGAGAAUAGCGCACCAGCAGUCUCCUGCACUCGCGCACCCGGGACACACACCUGUCUGCACGCCCACCUUCAGCGUCACAGAUCCCAGGAGAUACCACUGUCUUUCUAUUGGCGCCUCCGAGAACAGCCACAUACAGAAUGGCAAGAGGAUGCGCACGGCUUUUACAAGCACGCAACUCCUGGAACUUGAAAGGGAGUUUUCCACGAACAUGUAUCUUUCGAGACUCAGAAGAAUCGAAAUCGCCACAUAUUUGAACCUGUCAGAGAAACAGGUGAAAAUCUGGUUUCAGAACCGCAGGGUGAAGCAUAAGAAGGAGGGGAAAGCCACCCAAAGGACCGCGCACAGCGGUUGCAAGUGCACAACCGGUCACACAGACUAUUCAAGGUCAGAGGACGAGGAGUCUCUAUCUCCGGCCUCUGCUGAGGAGGAGAAAGAAGUGUCACCCAUCUGAGAGCGUCGCGACUUCCCAGUUCACACUGCUGGCACUUACUGUUACAGUUCUGGGUUAGGGCAUCACAGCAACCUCUGGGCCAAAAAUCUCCCGCAUGAAGUGUGUACUUUUAAAAUGAAAUAUGUGGAUACAUGUUUUAACGCCGUUGUGAUAUAUUGGGAAACUUGACCUACUGUAUUGAUGUAUUUUGAUCCCUUCAGGGUUCUCACCUAUACCCAGGUCUAGUUAAUUAUCCCCAGUAAAUGUUUUCA